AUGUCCAAUCCCAGCGACUACACGGUGGGCUGGGUAUGCGCCCUUACAUGCGAGUAUGUCGCCGCCCAAGAGUUUCUCGACGAAGAGCAUGACCCUCCGGACUCGCUGCAGCCUAACGACAGCAACGACUAUACGCUUGGGCGGAUUGGGCGACACAACGUCGUGAUAGCUGUCCUCCCAGACGGCGAAUACGGAACAGCUACGGCGGCCAGUGUGGCUACGAGCAUGCUCAAUAGUUUCCCCAAUGUCAGGAUUGGGUUGAUGGUCGGCAUCGGUGGCGGCGCUCCCAGUCCCACGAACGAUGUCCGUCUUGGUGAUAUCGUUGUCAGCGCACCCCGCGAGGCCAAUGGUGUCACGUAUGGCGGCGUAUUUGAAUACGACUUUGGUAAGACCAUACAAGACCAGGCCUUCCAGGAAACACGAUUCUUAAACCAGCCUCCCACGACCCUUCGAGCAGCUGUCCGGGGCCUUCAAGCCCAGUACGCGAGGAAGGGUCACCAGCUCGGACAAGCCGUUAGCAACGUCAUCAGUAAGAACCCCAUGCUACAAGACGAAUACUCGCGGCCAAAUUCAAGCACGGAUUUUCUGUUCCGAUCCGACUUUACGCACGGCUCGAGAGGUUGUGCAGAGUUUUGUGCCAAAGAUCCAUCCAGCCUGGUCACACGACGCCUAAGGACUGUCUAUCACGAUAAACCGGCCAUUCAUUACGGCAUCAUCGCGUCAGCCAACCAGCUAAUGAAGAAUGCUAUCACUCGGGACAGGCUGGCAAAGGAGAGGAAUGUCUUGUGUUUUGAGAUGGAGGCUGCAGGCCUGAUGAACGACUUUCCUUGCCUCGUCAUCCGGGGCAUUUGCGACUACUCGGAUUCGCAUAAGAACAAAAAAUGGCAAGGUUAUGCUGCCAUGGCUGCGGCUGCAUACGCCAAGGAUCUUCUCAAUCGCAUCGUUCCCAGCAGAAUCGAGAAUGAACAGAGAAUGAGCGAGCUGUUCUCAACUGCACUUCAUGCACUUGAAAACACAGGAGAAAAUGUUAAUGUAAUAAAGUCACGCUCAGACAGGGAAAUUGAGCUCGAGAUAUUGAACUGGUUGACGGCUAUCGACUACGGCCCACAACAGAGCGACAUCUUCAGAAGCCACCAACCCGGAACUGGACAAUGGGUGUUGGACUCUGAUCAAUAUCAAACAUGGAUCGCCACCAAAGGCAAGACCUUAUUUUGCCCAGGAAUUCCUGGAGCGGGCAAGACGAUCGUGGCAUCCGUUGUCAUCAACCAUCUGAUGGAGAAGUUGCGAGAAGACCCAGGCAGUGGGCUUGCGUAUAUAUACUGCGAUUUCAGGAGGAGGAACGAGCAAACAGUCGAGCAUUUUGCUUCGAGUUUGUUGAAACAACUGGCAGAGAAACAACCUACGCUUCCAGAUGCUGUGCGGCAGCUCCAUAAACGUCACAAAAAGUCAAGAACGGAACCCUCACUGAAAGAGCUAGUUGAAUCUCUUCGCUCCGUCGCGCAACUAUUCGAUCAUGUCUUCGUCGUCGUUGACGCUCUCGACGAGUGCCAAGAAUCCAACCACUGCCUACCAAGGUUUCUCUCGGAGCUCUUUGACCUUCAGAAGCAACUUGGAGUGAACGUUUUUGCAACAGCCAGACCUCUCGGGCACAUCAAGUCGAAUUUCGAAAGGGCCAUCUCGAUCGAAAUCCGCGCCCAUAGCGGGGACGUAAGAAAGUAUGUCAGUGGCAGGCUGGGAGAAUUGCCCAUGAUUGUUCAGAGGAAUACAAAACUUCAAGAAGACAUCACGGAUAACAUUUCUCGUGUCGUCGAUGGGAUGUUUCUCCUCGCGAAAUUGCACUUCGAGUCUUUGAUAGGAAAGAUGACGGGCAAAGCCAUCCGAAGAGCUUUGGAAUCUCUGCCAACUGGUUCCAGCGCUUAUGACAGCGCAUACGAGGAGGCUAUGAAUCGCAUCGAGGAUCAGAACAGAGACAAGAGAGACAUGGCAAAAAAGACUCUGCUCUGGAUCACCUGCGCCAAGGAACGUCUCACAAAAUCAGAGCUUCAAGAAGCUCUAGCGGUAGAAAUCGGCGAACCGAAGCUCGAUCAAGACAACCUACCCAACAUGGAUGAUGUGGCGUCGGUUUGCGCCGGACUCGUUACCAUUGAUGAGGAGAGCGACGUUGUGCGGCUAGUUCACUACACGACGCAGGACUUCUUCGAAAGAACGCGCGACAAAUGGUUCGAAGGCGCGGAAUCUCAUAUCGCUGAGGUUUGCCUCACCUAUCUUCUAUUCGAACAGUUCCGAGGGGGCAUGAAGGGUGUUCUACAGUCUGGCCAGAUCCCAUCUCUCCAUCCUGUCACAAGGAAAAUAGGGAAGCUUAUCAUCAAGCAAGUGGAACCCUUUCGUCUCUGGACUAGGUGGAAGGAUCAUCACCUCCCUUUCUACCAUUAUGCUGCGGGAAACUGGGCCAGUCACGUGCGUAAUGCUUCAAUGCAAACGCACGAUCAAGUGAUUGCAUUCUUGGAAAGCGGCGGCCCUUUGCAAAUGUCGGUAAUGCAUACAAGGGAGAUACCGGGCUCAAUUUCAAAUAUGACGGGACUUUACCUUGCUGCGUACCUUGAACUGGACCAAACAGUCGAGGCCUUGCUGCGACGAGGCCAUAACCCAAACAUCGCGUCCGACAGUCGGUGGUUCAUCCGUGAGAAGGAAAUUCCAUUGAUUUCCGCAAGUCAACGCGGCAAUGGAAAAGUUGUCAAGGUCCUCCUCUCGGGUCAAGCCAACCCAAACCUUUCAGAUCACCAAGGAAGGACGGCCCUCUGGUGGGCCGCAUCUAAGGGCUACGACGACAUCGUGAAGCUACUAAUAGAUAAAGGCGCGAAUCCGGACUACCAAGGCUUUGACGGGGCAACAGCUCUCGGAGCAGCUUGUGCACGUCGCGACUACAAAGUCGCCAAGGUCCUCCUUGAUGGUCGAGCCAACCCAAACCUUCAAGAUGGCCAAAAAGGAACAGCCCUCUGGUGGGCUGCGUUUAACGGCUACGAUGACAUCGUGAAGUUACUAAUAGACAAGGGCGCGGAUCCAGACCACCGAGACCUUCUCGGAAGAACAGCGCUUGGGGUAGCCUGUGAACAUGGUUACACGUCUGUAGUGAAAGCGCUACUUCCUGGCGCCCGGAUCGACCUUGAAUCCUUAGUUUCGACCACAUUUACCACGCCGCUACUCAUCGCUAUUAGGGGAGGCAAGGUUAGACUGGUUGAGGCUCUACUGAAAAGAGGCGACACUGCAAGCCUGGGGAAGGACUGGUCUCAGAGUGCACUGUCUCUUGCAGUGAGCAAGGGCCAUACCAAAGUUGUCCAACUGCUGCUGCGUAUGGGUGCUAACGCACACCGAGGUUCACCACCACUCGUCACGGUUGCAGCUAGGAAAGGAUACACUGACAUUGUCGAGAUAUUGCUGGGGGCGGGUGUUGAUCCGGAUGAUAUAAAGGACUGGGGGUAUAUUUUGUUCCAAAGGGCUCUCAACCGGCGCUGA